CUGCUAACACAGCAGAGCUCAAAUUUUGUUACGUCGGCCUACCUAGCAGUUGUCCUUACCAGCAGCAGUAAAAUGUCUCUCGUUCCUCCUGACAACUUCCAACACAUUCUUCGUCUCCUCAACACUAACGUUGAUGGCAAGAACAAGGUCAUGUACGCCUUGACCCAAAUCAAGGGUGUUGGUCGCCGUUAUGCCAACAUUGCCUGCAAGAAGGCUGAUGUUGACAUGUCCAAGCGUGCUGGUGAGCUUACCACUGAGGAGUUGGAGCGUCUCGUUACCAUUGUUCAAAAUCCCACUCAGUUCAAGAUUCCUGCCUGGUUCCUUAACCGUCAAAAGGACAUCACCGAUGGCAAGUCUUACCAACUCUUGGCCAACAAUGUUGACAGCAAGCUCCGUGAUGAUCUUGAGCGUCUCAAGAAGAUCCAAGCUCACCGUGGUCUCCGUCACGCUUUGGACCUUCGUGUCCGUGGUCAACACACCAAGACCACUGGUCGUCGUGGUAAGACCGUCGGUGUCUCCAAGAAGAAGUAAGCUUUAUCGCAAAAAUAGUUUCGUAGGAGGAAUGUAUAUACGGACUACAAUCAGCAACAUAAA